AUGGACAGCAGCGCCCACGAGAGCGACUACGUGCGCACGGCGAGCCGCGUGCGCGCGGGUGCGGCGAUGGCUGGCCUGUACGGGAGCAACGGCGACGCAGCUCCCUCCGACGCGCCGAGCUCGCCGUCCAGCCCGCAGCCGUCUUCCGGCUCGGCAGCGCUGCCCGUCAGCAGGAGCCCCGCGCAGCCCCCGAGCCCCGCCAGCUCGCUGCCCUUUCGGGCCAACAGCAGACACGGGCGCGGCACGUCGGGCAACGCCCCCGAGAUCCAGCCCGUGCGCCCGGCGGCCAGCACGCGCGAAUUCGCGUUCGAGCCGCAGGCCCUGGGCGUCGUGACGGCGCUGUCGGACCUCGUCGCGGGCGCGGCGAAGGCGGACGGCGCGCUGCAAGCGUCGACCAAACAGAUGGCGGAUCGCUGCGUCGAUGCGAUUUUCAGCACCGCCGACCUGCCCACGCACGAGCGCCUGCGCAGCUUCCUUGGCGUGCUCCACGGGGCGCUCGCGCCGAUGGUGCCGACACCCUCGCCCGCGGCUCCCGUGGCGAUUCAACCCCCCCCCGCUGACAACCCCUUCGGCUCGCCGGUGCCGUCGCUCUCGCCGAACGGCCACAAGCCAACGUGGUCCAACCCCUUCGACGACCCGCCGGAAGGCCGUCCCGUUCCCGACGCUUCGCGAGCGAUGGCCGCAGCACCGUCGCCUGACGUCAGGUCCCCCGGCGCCGACAGCGCCGGUGCCGCCGCGGCGCAGCUCCGCGGGAGCGCGGACACCCCGGCGUCUCCGGUCGGCCCCGCCGCGCUGCCGCGCACGCAGUCUCGCGGACAGCGCGGCGGCCACCAGCGCGGCAUGCCCUCUGACGCUCCGUCAGACGCCGUGAGCAGCUACGAGGGCACGUUCGUCGAACACCACGACAUCUCGUACCAGCUCGAUCUGGGCCUCGGGGCGACUCCUGAUGACUCAGGGCUGCUUGAGGCGGACGACGAGGUGCACGGGGCCGCGCAACACGCCGACAGCAGUGUUGCGCUGCGCAUGAGUCAGGGCGGGGAGACGCGGGGGAGGGUGUCGGGCGGGCUGCUGGACAUGCAGCGCGUCGAUGAGAGGUUCGAGGAGAUCGAUCUGUCAGGGAACGGCUGA